GAAGAAGUAGCAUUAGCGACUAGCAUACCCACUUUCUUCGCCAACUAGCUACCUCUAACCUACAAAGGCAUGCCAAAGAAAGACCCGUGUCAAAAGCAAGCGUGUGCCAUUCAAAAGUGUUUACAAGCUAAUAAAUACGUGGAGAGCAUGUGUCAGGAUGUGAUCAGAGAGAUGCGGCGAUGCUGUGAGACGCAUGCAGCCAACUCCAUCUGCUGCUCAGGCUUCAAGGACUCAAAACCUGAAAAAGGAGAGCAAAAGUGACACUUAAUAACCUCUUGUUGGAUGUAUUUAACUGGAAACAGUGUCAGAAAGACACAUUGCAUAAAUGCUGUAUAAUGACUGUGUAACGACAUGUGUACAAGACUGAACAAACAAGUUCCAUGUUUUUCUUUUUGUUCCUUCAGUUGGAUGUUUAUGGAAGCCCAUUUCGGCCAAAGUAAUGAAAAAAAUAUGUAAGUCAUUAUAAUAAGGAACUUUCUCAAAAUAAUGAGAAACGACCACAAAAUAAUGAGAAACUAUCUCAAAAAUAACGACAAACUAUCAAAAUGAUGAAAAACUAUCUCAAAAUCAUGAUGUAGUAACUAAAAACUGUCCACAAGAGGGCGUAUUAGUUUUUACAUGUCAUUGCAGGAAAGGCACAAGUGUUAUCAGUAAUAUCAUGACCUACAUAUGUGAAGUGUAACCCUUUGUAAGUUAUUUGCUCCGCCUGUGUUUGAUGAGUGAAAAUGAAAUUCCUCUCACAACAAAAGCUUUAAUAUAUAAGCUGCCAAGAGAAGCAUUUAUUUAAAAAGUGGUCUUGUUGUGUGCGUGCCUCGUUAUAAAGUAUGUGGCAUUCUUGUUUGUGCAUGUCAGCGCUGAGCUACCAACACAGUCAUAUCGCAGAUGUGACUUGCCAAAAGCCCUGCACAUACCUUCAAUGUGAAAAAUAAAUACACAGUUGGUUUUCACCAUGAGAUAAUCCAGUAUGAAUACAGAAAGGCUGCGGUUCCAUCAGUCUAUCAUUUCAAAUGAGGUACUGUAUUUGUUAAAAGGAAAUUUGUCUUAUCCAGUUUUUCAUGUCAUUGCAGGCAUACCUCCAUAUCAAGUUUGAAACAUACUUGUUAGUGCAUGUUGGCGCUGAGCAAAUUGCAGAUGUGAGGUACUAAGGGCCCUGUUUACCCAUAUUAAACUCAACCAGGUGAUU